UGCUGUUAUAAUCCGAAGGUGGCGUGCUUGACGAGGACGGUGGGCCCCAGUUAGUUAAAAAUUUGACGAGGAAGCAAACAUAAUGGCUACGCUUCUUCGUUCGUAAUGGAACGCAGUUUGGUAGCUCAAAGCUGGGACUCUUCCACGCAAAGCAAACGUGAUUGUGACGUCCGUUAUUUCUCCGUCCAAAUCGUCAUGGAAGGUGGCCUAACGUCCGUUUUUGUCACCACACAGUGCACGGACAGGAAUGCCGUUACUCCACGUCAGCUCACGGUGGUUUCACUUUGUGGCGUCUUGAAACGGCGGUAAGAGUCCGUCAAGCUGACACUUUCGGGGUCUCCCUCUCACCGACCACUGCGCUCCACACUCCUGCCCUCCCCACAUAUAUAUACACCACUCCCUCCUCCCUCAGUUCUUUGAUCGCCCCCCGUCCCCUGACUUCUCGUUUGGCGAAGUGGUCGGAUCUGAUCCGUUGGUGCUUCUUUCUUGGUUUGUCUCCUUUGAAGAGACGGCAUCAGACAGAGAUUGAUGCAGCGGGCACUGGUUUCAUCCGGCGGUGGCGACUGCCUCGGCGUUUCGAUGGCAUCCGCGCCUUCCCCGUACAUCUGUAACGGUGACGAUUUCCUCAGCCCGUACACGAUUUUCUCAACGAUCGACACUGCCCCUCUCCCCGCUUCCGGCACCUUCGCGAUCUCCCCCUCCUCGGUCUCCUUCGAAGAGGCGGAGGCCUCAUCCACAGCCACCGAGGACCGCCUCUGCCUAGCCCGCCUCGCUCUCCGGUACCGGGAGAUCACCGAGCGCUACGGCAUCUGCCUAUCCCACCUCUGCGACACCGCCGAGGAGGUGGAGUCCCUUCGCCGCGAGAACGCCAGCCUCCGAACCGCCAACGGCGAGCUCGCCAGGCGGCUCGAACUCCUCGCCGGUAAGCACACUGGCCGUUUCCCGUCAUCCGCCGGUGUGGUGCUCAUGGAUGAGCUCCCCCCCCUCAGCAUCGCCGAAACGCCGAAGCCCGGAGACAGCCCCACGAGCGUGCUCACCUUUCAGGAGAGAAUCUGCGGUGGCCACAGGUCGGCAACUGGGCCGGUGGCGGAGAAGCAUGUCUCACCACCGAAGAUCACCUCGGUCAGAUCCAGCGGAUACCUAAAGCUGAACUCGGCCGGUGGACCGGGUUCGGAUACGAACCGCAACGACCGGUUUCGCGUCCCAAGCCCCGUCAUGAUCGGCUCGCUGCGGCAGGCGCAUUUGGGUGGGGGGAGCAACGACAGCAAGGGGGAAAGAGUAGGAGGCGCGGACGAUGAGAAAGAAGGAGAGAGUGGUGGUGGAGCACUGGAGCUGGAGGUGUUCCGCCAGGGGAUGUUCAAGACGGAGCUGUGCAAUAAGUGGGAGGAGAGCGGAGUGUGCCCAUACGGCGAGCACUGCCGGUUCGCCCACGGCAUCGCGGAGCUCCGCCCUGUCCUCCGUCACCCCCGCUACAAGACCGAGCUCUGCCGCAUGAUCCUCUUCGGCGACGCCUGCACCUACGGCCACCGCUGCCAAUUCCGCCACUCCCUCUCCCCCUCCGACCACCAACGCCUCCGGCGCUGCCCAUAAAACGUAUAGAUUACUCCCUAUACUAAUUAACUACAAUAAAACUAAGAAAAAAAGGGGUAAAAAAACAGAGGUGUAGAAGUUAUAUAUCUCCCCUCCUAACCAAAAUUAUUCCUAAUGGAAGGAAAUGUAGCAGAUCUAAAUGCUUGUAAAUUGCUUUUGCUAUGUGUAUGCUCCCUCUGGUAAAUAAAUAUAUGUAGAUGUAUUUAGUGCAA